AUGGGAGAUGGAAAAAAAGUAGAAAAGUGGCCUCUCAUUAAACCUAAGAAGAAUCUCCGAAGUACUCGUCUCAAAGAUACCGAUCUCUUUACGAACAGUUGGCACAAUGCACUCGGAGGGAAUGAUGUGGUAGCAAAUAUGGUGUGUGAUUGUAGCAAUGGUUUCAAUAACGGUGACAUUACUAAUGCUAUCAGUGGCAGCAGCAGCACAUGA